AUGGACUACAUAAACGCACACUUCGUGUCUCUAGGGGACUUGGACGAUGUGGACGACCAUAUUACGAGACUCAACGACCGGUUGGCGCAAAUCCAGAAUAUCAUAAAGGAGAAGACAUCGGGAGUUCCAGAUAGUGUUCCUGAAUCGACCUCGAGGCUUCUUGAACAGCUAGAAGCGCUGGACCCGACUCAAUUGAGGGAAUUGGUGCUGGAGCACGGAACAGAGGGUGUCAAGGAGAGACUACAGAAGCUCUGGGAUGAAAAGAGCCUGAUUGAAACGCUGCAAGAGGCAUUGGUCUCGGGUGCUGAGCUAGAGAAACUGCUCGAUAACGCUCUGGCGCUUGGUUUGGACGAUUUGAAGGUAUACGCUGAUCGGGUGGCUGAAAUUGACCAGUUUGAUAUUAAGGAGCUUCUAGAAGCUAAGUUGCUUCAGGUUAUUUUGCAAAGGAAGGAAACGUUGGUGCCUAAGCUUGAUGGUCUCUUGCUGGAGAUCAAGUGGCUUUCACCGAAAGAACAGGUAUCCGUGCCUUCUUCUACGAUGAAGGAAAUUACAGGUACUUUGGCUGAACUUGUGGAUCUUCAGGCUAUUUCAGAUACUCCACAUUACCCUGAUGUGUGGUGGGCUUUAGAGAUCCUCGUGAAACCGUUUGUGGUUCGUUUCAACUACCAUUUCUCCCAGGCCUCGGAAACAAACCGUAUGUCUCGUCCAGAAUGGGCCCUCAACUAUGUGGAGAAGUUUUUUGCUGAUUACAUUCCAUCAAUUGAGCUUGUGUUGGGAGAUACGUUCCUUAAACAUGGCCGUAUUGGCGUGUUUGAAGUUAUCACAGCAGCUCUUGUGCCUGUUAGGGAAAAAAUCUCUGGCAUGACCCAGCUGCUCAAUUCGCAUAUUGAAAAGGCCAAUGAGGAGGAUGACUUGGUAGCGCUCGAGAAGUACGGCAGAGUUCUUUCACAUCUUAUCUUUGAAAUGGCUUCUUUUGACCAGAGACUUCGUAACAACUAUAAAUACAACCCUCAUGUGGAGAGCUUUGAAAGCGCCCCAGAAAGAAAGUGGUUGGGUCUCACUGGUGAUACCUUUAUGGGCUCUUCAAGCAAGGACAGUCCUGUGGUGACCAACUGGCUCAACUUGGAGCUUCAACUUGCAAAGAAAAGAUUUGAUUCUGAUAUCAUUGGAGCUGCAGAUGCAUUCAGUAUUGAUUACGAGUUUGAUGCUUCUUCGGCAAAUCCUCAUAAUGUUCUCAAACCAAGCUACUCCGCAUACGCCUUGGUGAAGCUCUUCGAUAACUUGACCACUCAUUUCAAAACACUCAGCAUUGUCAAGUAUCAACUCAAAUAUGUGUCGAACAUUCAGCUUACAUUCCUCGAUGAAUACUUGAAAGCCCUAGAAAACACAUUCAAGGCGUUUAAUGAAUCCUUGAGCUCAAAGUUGAUUGCCAACUUCCUACCGGGAACGACCAAGCCAGAUACUACGACUACGACGCCAGUUGUUGUCAAUAAUGGUCUUAAAGGUUUGGAAAUGCUUACCGGUAUUUACUGCUCUUUGAAGUUCGUCAUUCAGCAUAUGGAGCAAUGGAGUGGAGAGCUCUUGUUUGUUCAACUCUGGAACUUCUACAAGACAAUUGCAACCAACAAGGUCAAGGACGACUCUAUCUUCAGUUCCAGUCUUGAUGAAUAUAAUGCAAUGCUCAAGCGAGUAUUCUCAAAAUAUGAAGAGUUCUUCAAGAAGGAAAUCCGUGCUGCGCUUAAACAGUUUGUGAACUCUGGAGUGUGGGUGAUCGAUGAUGAAAGCCACAAGAACCAGCCAUCGCCCCAACUUUCCAAUUUCAUUACCAUUGUUCCAGCAUACAUGUCGUUCCUCAGAAGAGCGCUUCCUGAGGCAGACUACUUCCUUGUCACCAGCAAAGUGUGUGAUUCAUUUGCCAGAAUCUUCCAAGAAUACGUGGUUACCAACAACCAGUUCAACGCCAAUGGAGUUGAGCAGCUCAAGACAGAUUUCGACUGUCUCGUGAGCCAUUUGUCUGGUCCUCUCUUGCUUAACAGUGAGCACCCACUCUUCACCAACCUAAGCAACAGAAACUACAAAAAGGUGCUCCAGUCUCUUGAAAUGCUAAGCACGCUCGAUGUAAGCACAGCCAAGACGCUUCGAGGAAAUGCCGUUGACCCUUCACAUAUCAGAGAAAGGUUCGAAAACAGACUCGACUGUUUGACCGAUCGUGAGAUCAACGACUUGCUUUUCAGAAUUGUAUAG